AUGGCUACGCUUUCUCCGGCCACCAUUACUGCAACGGCCACUACCACCAUUGCCAACUCUAGGGGGAGGAGGAACAAUGUGCAUUACAUAACAGGGCUGAACUCUUUUGGUGGGCUCAAGGCUCACAACAAUGUGGCCUCACUAGGUCUUCCUGUAUGCACCCAGCAGUCCUUUGCAAAGGUGGUGAGCUCCCUGAAACAUCCAUCACAAGGCAAAGGCAGAGGUGGGGGAGCUCUGUCUUCAACCUGUAAUGCUGCUGCUGAGAUAUUCAGGAUUGCAGCAAUCAUGAAUGGGCUGACUCUUGUUGGAGUUGCAGUGGGGUUCGUUCUUCUUCGAAUCGAAGCGUUUGUUGAAGAGACCGAGUGA